UCAUGAAACAUGGAUAGAUGGCAAUAUGGAGAUUAUGCACGUCAUUUUAUUUUGUUCCUAUGUCAAAAAUUCUGGUUGCUUUGGCAACAAAUAUAUAAAAAAAAAAUAAUUAUUUUUUACUGACAAUGGUGGAGUUUCACCGGUAGGGGAGCAUAUUGGCAAUCUCUUGUUCAAUAAAUUAUAAUCAAUUAUUUUUUCAACUUAAUGAUGUAAUUAUUUGCUGUUGUGAUAAAAGGGUUUCUACUUAAAAUAAAUACAAAACAAAGAAACAUUAAGACUGUUAUUCACAGCCAAUAACAAAAUAUGACAUGUGUCAGAACUUCAGAAUUCUUGAGUAAUAAAAGAUAGCAGAGACAGGGACUAUUGUCUAUUUAAAUGUAUUCAAGUACUCUUAGUAAUAAAGUGAUUUUAAUGUGAACAUAUAAUUUAUAUUUUACCAGAGAAACGUACAGAUUUAUUUUAAUGGGUGUUUUUUAAAAAAAUUUCAUGUAGUUAUUUGUAUUGCAUGAACACUUAUCUGGAACACUGUAUAUAAACAAAAACUCAUUAUGUUUAUUAAUUUCAACUUAAAUUUUUUGUAUUUUUCUAAACAUGAAAAUUAACCAAAUGCUUGCAUGUAUAUUCAAUCAUAGACAAGGAACAUGUUCACCCGGGAUGGCCUUCAUCUUAAUGCCAGUGGUGCUCGUGGCUGUUUAGAGACGGUCCUUGACGACAUGCAGCCAGUGACUGAUGUCCACCAGAUUGAAGCUGAGCCUGUUGUUCUUGAUUGUGUCUGGACUCCAGUUUCCACUCCAGCCAUGGUGUCUGAUGCAAAUACGAAAUCAUACGCAGAUGUUGUUCGAAUGGCUCCUGCUGCAUCUGCUGUCAUCAAGCCACUUCAAAAGACUUCACUACAUCCCAAGAUUACGAAGAAGAUGGUGGUUGUCUGCAAGAAACGGAAACGUCAACUAAGACCAAUUUUAGGCCGGAAGGAGAUGUCCGACAGCAACCAGUACGAAGGAUUGUAUAGUUGUAGAACUUGCCUAGACCGUUGCAGUGGAGGUGAAGGCUUCAAAUAUCUGUGGAACAUACCUGAAGAAGAGGAAAGAAGUGGCACGACCCUGCAGACAGAAGAACCCACCCGCAUGUCGUCCUUUAUUGAUAAAGCUGAAAAAGAAGGCGCACAUUUCGUGUCCAGAAUUCAGGGUUGUUUGCACCAACGAAGACGCUUUGCUGAGCCACUUCUGCAGUCGCCACAUCAAGCAACCGGAGACUGGAAAAGAGAGUAAAAUUAAGCUAAUAGCUUCACCCAUGAUUGCAUCUGCUAAUCAAGAACUCAACGAAGUCAGCUUAAGGAAGUGGAAGGGAUGCUUGGAAAAUAGAAGUU